AUGGCGCCUCCUCCUUCGAACGAGACCAAGAUUAAUCAGGCCAAGAAAUUGGUCAAAUCAGAUCCAGCGAAGGCAGAGAGUUUCUAUAAGGAAAUCCUCGCUCAAUCGCCCGAGUCAAAUCAAGCUGCGCUGAAUGACUACGAGAAUGCCCUGGUCGGACUAGGCGAGCUCUAUAGAGACAACAAGCGGCCGGAGGAACUGGCCCAGCUGGUCAAGACAAGCCGGUCAACCCUGUCCUCGUUUGCGAAAGCAAAGACAGCCAAGCUGGUCCGACAACUUCUAGAUCUCCUCGCAGACAUCCCCGACACCCUCGAGAUCCAGAUCGCCACAACGAAAUCGUGUAUCGAAUGGGCCAACUCCGAGAAGCGUUCGUUCCUUCGCCAGAACCUGGAGACAAGGCUUGUUCAAUUGUACAUGCAGAAACAGUCAUACUACGAUGCCCUCACCUUGAUCAAUAAUCUCUUGAGGGAACUCAAACGACUGGACGACAAGCUUGUCCUCGUGGAGGUGCAACUGCUGGAGUCCCGGGUUUACCAUGCUCUCACCAACCAAGCCAAAGCACGAGCAGCCUUGACGUCGGCAAGGACUUCUGCUGCUUCAGUAUACACGCCUCCGCUCCUACAGGCUGGCUUGGAUAUGCAGAGCGGAAUGCUGCAUGCUGAGGACAAGGACUUCAACACCGCAUUCUCUUACUUUAUCGAGGCACUUGAAGGUUACCAUGCGCAAGAUGACACGGCUCGGGCGACAUCAGCCUUGCAGUAUAUGCUUCUAUGCAAAAUCAUGCUGAAUCUAGGCGAUGAUGUCAACAAUUUGUUGGCGUCGAAGCAAGCACAGAAAUAUGCAGGCACAAAUCUGGAGGCGAUGAAGGCCGUGGCAAGAGCACAUUCGAACCGGUCGCUCGAAGAGUACGAACAGGCCCUGUCGAACUAUCGCUAUGAGCUGGGCAGCGACGUCUUCAUCCGCAACCACUUAAGGCGACUGUACGAUGCCAUGCUUGAACAGAACCUGAUUAAGGUCAUUGAACCUUUCAGCCGCGUGGAGAUUGACCACAUUGCGAAGAUGGUGGGUCUUGACACCGCCCAAGUCGAACGGAAGCUGUCCCAAAUGAUUCUUGACAAGGUCAUUAUUGGCGUCUUGGACCAGGGAGAAGGGUGUUUGAUUGUGUAUGAUGAGGUUGAGCGAGAUGCUGGCUACGAUGCCGCCUUGGCAACUAUUGAAAAGCUCAGCAAUGUGGUUGACGUCCUUUACACAAACCAAGCAGCGUUGCUGGAAUAG